AUGCAUCUUUUCCAUGCAGACGAACGUGUGGUGAGGUUGAUUGAUGUAAUUCGGCUGAUCCUUGCAGUGCCAAGAUUUCUAUCGAUAACGAUAAACCACAAAAAAGAAAUUCACCCCUCCAUCCGGCGCCAACAUUUGUACGCAGUCGGCUAUCUUUUCAAAGUGGCUUCGCUUCCUUUUCGAUUCAGAGCGGGCGGUAACAGCAAUAUGGCUCCCAUAGUUGCUCAGCAGCACCAUCACCGCAGCACGACCAAGCAGACGCAAAAAUCCUUCAAAUCCCGCCAUGCGUCCAAGGGCUCCCUGAAGGAAGCAUCCAAAGGCAAGGUUGAAACCUUCGAGCGGGGAAAUCGGAAAACACCCCAUCAGCAAGUCAUGUCCAAGUUCGACCGCCGAAACCGAGCAAAGCAGCUGCGCAUCAACAAGGAUAACGAGCAUGCAAAGGCAAUCAAUGUCUUCGCCGGAAAAGACGGUGCGCCGAGGAUCGUUGCUGUUGUACCGUUGUGCAAAGAUGUUUCGUCUGCGGGCGCUGUACGAAGCCUAAACGCAAGUUUGGAUAUCGAAGACGAGGUCCCUGAAGCUGGCUGGACACGCGUCAACGUCGAUCGCUUCAAGCAGAAAAUACAGUAUUUGGUUGUCCAGAGGGAUCUCCUGGCGUCUCUGGAUGCCUGCCGCAUAGCCGACUUCGUGGUGUUCAUACUUUCUGGGGAGGAAGAGGUGGACGAGGAAGGCGAAUUGAUACUCAAGGCAGUUGAAAGUCAGGGUAUCUCCAACUGUUUCACGGUGGUGCAGGCCUUGGAUAAGAUUGAGCCCGCAAAGCGCCGACCCCAAGUUGUUUCCUCCCUCAAGUCCUACAUCACCCACUGGCUACCAACCACCGAGCGAGUUUUCUCUCUUGACUCGAGACAGGAAUCCAACAACCUGGUCCGCUCGAUAUGCACCACUACAACUAAAGGUGUAAAGUGGCGAGAGCAGCGAAGUUACAUGUUUAUCGAAGACAUUGCGUGGGCAGGGGGCAAGUCUGCGGUUAACGAGGAUGGCACGGGAGAGGUUGUUAUCACAGGUGUCGUGAGGGGCCAGGGGUUGAAGGCAGACCGACUUGCCCAAGUCGGUGACUGGGGUGAUUUCCAGGUCGAGAAAAUCGUCGCGGCACCAUUGGAAGCCCGGAAGAAAACAAAGGACGACAGCAUGGCCCUAGAUACAGAGGGCGAUGAUGUUCUUGAGAGACCCAGCGAAGAUCAAGACGACCUUGCAGAUCUCGCGCCAGAGGAAACCAUCAUGGAAGACGCAACGACUUAUACACCCUCUGUUGCACCCUCUGAGAGGAAGGGUGUCUUACUCGACGAUCAUCACUACUUUUCCGACGAAGAGGACGAGACCGCACCAACUCGAACCAGACGGUUACCAAAAGGAACCAGUAAAUACCAGAGUGCUUGGUACAUUGAUGAUGUAUCCGAUUCUGGCUCAGAUCUGGAGGAUUUCGACAUGGAGGAUGCCGACGAACUGGACAAGCCGGAAACUUUCGAGCCAGCCGAUGGCGAGGAAGGCAUGGAUGUUGAUGGGAGAGCCAUGACCGAGGGUGGUCCCUCAGAAUAUCCACAGUCUGAGAUGUUCCUAGAUCCCUCACCCGAGGAUGAGGCUGAGCAGAUUGAAGCGUACCGGAAGUCAAGAAAGAACGAGGCUGAUGAAGAUCUGGAGUUCCCUGAUGAAAUUGAGCUUCACCCCAACGUAAACGCUCAAGAAAGGCUUAUUCGAUAUCGCGGGCUGAAGAGUCUGAAGACGAGCGCCUGGGAAACUGAGGAAGACCGCCCAUAUGAGCCCAAUGAGUGGCCUCGUCUUCUCGAGAUCUCAGACUAUAAGCGGACGGCCACCAAGUUCAUGCGCGAAGCUUGGGCGGGUGGUGUGAAGCCUGGCACCAGAGUCAACGUUCACAUUCGAGGCGUUCCUCUGUCCUUCCAAGGGUCCAGACCACUUGCGAUGUAUUCAUUGCUUCGACACGAGCACAAGAAGACAUCUUGCAAUUACAGCAUUUUGCUUAGCUCAGAGUAUGAAGGCAACGUGAAAGCCAAGACAGAGAUGGUCGUACAGUGUGGACCACGUCGCAUGGUCAUUAACCCGCUUUUCUCGCAAGCCGGCAACACCCCGAACAAUGUACACAAGUUUGACCGAUUCCUGCACCCGGGGCAAUCGGCGAUAGCCUCAUUCAUAGGCCCCCUUACAUGGGGGAAUGUACCGGUUCUUUACUUCGAACGCACCACCGGACAGUCGUCCGAAGAGAUGGACUCCGACGUACAGCCAGCCGAUUCCACUUCUCGUUCCUCACUCCGUCUUAUCGGGACAGGCACAUCACUCCCACCUUCGAUGAACCGUGUUAUCGCGAAGCGCAUAAUCUUGACCGGUCAUCCUUACAAGAUCAAUAAGCGCAUCGUUACCGUGCGCUACAUGUUCUUCAAUGAUAUAGAUGUCAAGUGGUUCAAGAGCUUGCCUCUCUGGACCCGACGCGGAAGAAGCGGUUUCAUUAAGGAGAGUCUCGGUACACACGGAUAUUUCAAAGCAACGUUCGAUGGCAAGAUCAACCCUAUGGAUGCUGUGGCCGUCAGUUUGUACAAGCGUGUGUGGCCGCGAACUGCGAAGAUGUGGCAGGCGUGA